AUGCUUGGUUCUGCUGUCCGUGCACUCUCCCGCACCGUACCGUCCACGGUUGCUGUCGCCACACGCCAGUUCGGCGUCUCUCGUUCUCUUCUGUCACUUCGUCCCCUCGGACCGAAGAAUGCGGUUCCUGCUUUCAAGGGAACUGCUGUCGUCGAUGGAGACUUCAAGGUAAUCUCCGAUCAGGAUUACAAGGGAAAAUGGCUCGUUAUGUUCUUCUAUCCACUCGAUUUCACCUUCGUGUGCCCAACUGAAAUCAUCGCAUACGGAGACAGAGCCAACGAGUUCCGCACUCUCGGAGCUGAAGUUGUCGCAUGCUCUUGCGACUCGCACUUUUCUCAUCUUGCCUGGGUCAAUACUCCACGCAAAGAUGGAGGUCUCGGAGAUAUGGAUAUUCCACUUCUUGCUGAUUUUAAUAAGAAAAUUGCUGAGUCCUUUGGAGUUCUCGAUAAGGAAUCUGGUCUUUCAUACCGUGGACUUUUCCUCAUUGAUCCAUCCGGAACUGUCCGUCACACAACCUGCAAUGACCUUCCAGUCGGAAGAUCUGUUGAUGAAACGUUGAGAGUUCUCAAGGCAUUCCAAUUCUCUGACAAACACGGAGAGGUGUGCCCAGCUGAUUGGCAUGAGGAUUCCCCAACCAUUAAGCCGGGAGUCUCUUCUAGCAAGGAAUACUUCAAUAAGGUCAACAAGUAG